AGAAAGAAGAGAAAAGUGGAGUUUUAGAGAUGGAGAAGAGGAUAAGGAAGAAGCUGAAGAACACCAACUUUAUUCCAUGGGAGGAGAAGAAAGAACUGAUAGAUAAAGAAGAAAUUCAACUCCAUAAAGACUUGGAUCAACUUACGAAUUGGAUAAAAAUGGUGGAUUCCAUGAAUGAUGAGAAGCUCAAAGAUUAUCUUCAACAUCGACCAAAUGAAUUCAAGAUUCUCAAAAUUCCAAGGUGUAACCCUAGGCGAAAUGAACAAAGAAGUGAGGAUCCUAAGUAUUGGACUUCAUAUGGGAUAAUGGCUUCAGUUUGGAAGUUCCACAAGCAAGACAACGAGCAGCACCAACUUUCUUAGUUGCCUUAAAUUUUGUUCAAAUUCUCUGUAAAAUGUUAUGCAAAUUCCAAAUAUCAUAAAAUAAGGUACUUUAUUUACUUCUAAAGUUACUAAAAAUGUGGUUUGUUGAAGAAAUUAAUGAAAUAAGUUGUAAUU